AAUACGCGUCCCCGCGCACAUCUGGUGUUCAGAACGAGGCGUGGUUGUUAACACACAGGUGGGCAGCAGUACAAGUUCAGGAUACUUUCUCUCUUACUCUCUUGGAGAUCAUCACUUAAUUUUGCAAAAAUGCCCAAGUGCCCAAAAUGCGAUAAGGAGGUUUACUUUGCGGAGCGGGUGACAUCCUUGGGGAAGGAUUGGCACAGGCCCUGUCUGAAGUGUGAGAAAUGCAACAAGACUCUGGCAUCUGGCUCACACGCACAGCACGAUGGCAAGCCUUACUGUAACAAGCCCUGCUACGCAGCCCUCUUUGGGCCUAAAGGAUUCGGACAUGGUGGAACUGAAAGUCACACAUUCAACUAGACAGCCCUCGUAGAAUCGUAGAAGCAUGGAUGUUCAUCAGAAGACGAGAAAGCUGUAUAGCAUCCACCACCCCCCCCCC